GGCCUGGAAGGGGAGCAGAGAUAUAGCUCAGCAGGGCCAGACAGAAACCCCACAACUGACACAGCAUUCAGCUCUUCCUGCACCCCACAGUGAGGAAAUCCAAAGAGGAGCCUGCUGGUUUCUGCACUUCUGCAGCCAGGCCCAGCUCAGGGAACAACCUGCCUGGCUCCUCUCAUGCUGCGCACACACAGCAACAAGCCUCCCAGUUCUCUACCCCAAGCAGUGAGGCCCACAGCUUCCUAUGCAGAGCUGUGCUCCUGCCCUUAUUCUGCAAGCUGGGGCCCUUAUGAAUAAGCUGUCUCCGCUCGGUUUUCUCUCACUGUGCAGCACACUCAGAUCGAGUCUCUCUCUCCCAUUCUUAAGCCUUACAGCAGCCCCUAAUCUUGGGAAACAGAUGGAAAGAAAUUCAGGGAUGAGGGAGAUGCAUGAGCCCUGGGGCAGAGCUGGGAAGACAGUCCAGGCAGGUUGCUCACACUAGUCACGACAGAUGAGGGAGUGGAAGCCACAUCCCAGAGCUGCAGACAGCCUCAAGGGCAGUCUUGGGCAGGCUGUGCUAGGGGAGCAGGUUUGGGCAUGCUGCGACCCAGCACCGCUCUCCUUUGCCCCACUCCGGGACCCGGCACCCAGUCCGACACGGCAAAGCAGCAGGGCUGUCCAGGGCCGAGUGAGGAGACGCAGCCCCCCUGCACGGCUUUCCCAUCGCUGCCGGCCAGGCCGGGCCUGCACCACCCUGCGAGAGCAGCACCUUGUCCCCAAGGAGCACAGGCCUCAGCGGGAGCCAGCGGCUGCACUUGCGAUCCCCCCACGCUGCGCGGAGGCAGCGACGCCUGCUCCCCGCGUGCUGCCCAGCUGCGCCUGUCACAGCGUGCACUGUCCCGCCGGAGCAGGGAUGCUGGAGCUGCCCUUCCUGCCCUUCUGCGCCCUGCUUGGCGGCCUGGGGGCCGUGUGCGUGGCCUUCGUGAGCGCCUGGUGCCAGCGGUGGCGCGGUGGCUUCGCCUGGGACGGCAGCGCCCAGAUGUUUAACUGGCACCCCGUGCUGAUGGUGACGGGCAUGGUGGUGCUGUACGGCGCAGCGGCCCUGGUGUACCGCCUGCCCUUCUCCUGGAGUGGCCCCAAGUUCCCCUGGAAGGUGCUGCACGGCGCCCUGGCCCUGGUGGCCUUCGGCCUCGCCGUCCUGGGGCUGGUGGCCGUCUUCAGCUUCCACAACGCCCAAGGGACGCCCAACAUGUACUCGCUUCACAGCUGGCUGGGCCUGGCCACUGUGCUGCUCUUCUCCUGCCAGUGGCUUGCCGGCUUCGUCUCCUUCCUGCUGCCCUGGGCCCCCGCCUGGCUCCGUGCCCUCUACAAGCCCGUCCACGUUUUCUUCGGCUCCACCAUCCUCACGCUGGCCAUGGUGUCGUGUGUGUCGGGCAUCAACGAGAAGCUCUUCUUCAGCCUGAAAAACGGGACGACAGCGUACAGCCAGCUGCCCUCUGAGGCCGUCUUCGCCAACACGCUGGGCCUCCUGAUCUUGCUCUUCGGGGUGCUGGUGCUGUGGGCCCUGGCCAGGCCAGACUGGAAGCGCCCGGAGCCAGACUCGGUGGAGGCUCACCAGCCCCUGCUCAGCGCCGAGCGCUGACGCCUCCGCGUCACACCGCGCUCCUGGGACCGCCAGCCCCAAGCUCUCCGAUCCCUUCGCUGCCCCGCUCACCACGCUGGCCCCGCUCUCGCUCCGCCGCCUCCCCCUCGCCGGGCGCUCCCACUGCCUGUGCCGGAGCUGCCUAGCCCUCCUGCCCAUGGGAGAAAGGGGGUCGUCUCCCUUGUGGCAGAGACGACGUCCCUGUGGAGGGCAGGCCGUGCCAGUGGGACAGACCCAGGUCUGUGCCGCGUCCUUUGCCUCCUGCCUGGGCUGGCCCCAGCCUGUCGCCUACCUCAGGGAUGGUUCCCGGGAGGUGCAGGGUGAGGGGUAUCGAGACGGGUACAGAGCCAGCUGCAGCGUGACCAUUCCCGCCACUCCGUCCUCAUCCUUGCUUAGCGCACUGAGCCAGCUCCUGCAGGGCCCGGCUGGCCCCAGAGCCUGGGCCUCGGCCUGCGCUGGGCUGGCUGCCCCCGAGCCGCCCCCAGGAGCCUGGUCUGGGCCCCAUGUGCAGGGCCAGACCUGUCAGGGCCAUGUCAUGCAAGGAGCCACCAACAGAGUGUUCCCACCACACGCGCAGCACCCCGGGGGCUCCUGUGGGCCCGGAGCCAUCUUGCUGCUCAGUACGUGUUUGCGAGGCAGGGGGCCCAGCUCAGGGCAACAGGGAUGGAGGGGGGCAGGUCCCAGCAUGCUGCCACGGCUCCUGUGCCAUGCCUUGUCAGGCUGCUUGCAUCUCUCCAGCCAGCGGCUCCUUGCUCCUUCCCCAUCUGCCCUGCAGGGGUGGGUGGUGGGAGCAGUCUCUGAACGUCAUGCUGGAAGGGUAAUAAACCACUGGCUUUUGCAACGCA